AUGGCGGCUGCUGUACCAAGUAGCAACACCACGGCCGUGCUCCUCUCUCCGAGAGUGCUGCCGCCCGAAAUGGACCCCAGCUGGAAUAGGAAAUGUUGGUUCCAGGGCGACGACACAUAUUUCUCCGCCGUCACUGAGAUCUUCGCCAGGGAAUUCGAUCUCAGAGGCGGCUCGUGCGGAAAGGGACUUCUGGACAACCUUCGCGGCGAAUGCUACACCCAGAAUAUCAAGAACUGGGGAUGCGACCGCAUCGGGACGGCUGGCAUCUAUGCCCACUUCGAGCUUUCGCCCAGGAUUGCCUUCUUUCCCGUCUGGACGGAAGGCUGCGUGGAGAGAGCCUUUGCGAUCGCAGCGCGAUACGAGUCGGCGCCGGACACCAUCAAGUGUUGCAGGGCCUCGGACGACGUCUGCUUCAGGGAUGCGCCUGGUCACCAGGCCAUUCCCGAGGCCGGCGAGAAAUGGGACUGGCGAACCGACGACUAG